CUCAAUCAUUAGUUUUGUUUAUUAUCAUUUUGUGAAAGUAUCGCAGGAAAAUUUGUGAAAAUCACAACAAUGCCGAAGUACUAUUGUGAUUAUUGUGACACGUACCUCACACACGACUCCCCAAGUGUACGGAAAACUCACUGUACGGGCAGAAAGCACAAGGACAAUGUGAAAUUUUACUAUCAGAAAUGGAUGGAGGAGCAGGCACAGCAUUUAAUUGAUGCAACAACAGCAGCUUUCAAAGCGGGCAAAAUUCCCCAGAAUCCCUUUGCACAGCCCCCGCCGAAGGGUGUUACUAUCCCACCGCCAAAUACACUUGCACCUCCACCACGACCGGGUGGAAUGAUGCCCGCGGGGAUCCCUCACGGUGCUGGGAUGCCGCAAAUGAUGAUGGGACCACACAUGAUGGGUAUUCGACCGCCGUCAAUGAUGGGCCUGGGACCUGGAAUGAUGGCGCCCCCACCACAGUACCGCUCCAUGCCACCACCUCAAAUGAAGCAGUAAAAAAAAUAACUCGUGUGUAAAUUCUUUCUAAUAUUAAACUUUAUUUCAAUAAAAGAGCUGAUGAGAGAAA